AGAGAAAAUGUUAUCAUUCACAUUUAUUAACGCUGAUUAAACAGAGCACUACCAGAAACAACAUGAACGCUGUAUCAAACAAGGUGUCUGGACCUGUCAUCAAAUAUACACAGAGAACAUUAGUAAGGGGUUUACAGUCAAUAGCGCCCCACAAUCACCACAUUACGUCCACCACAGGGACCCCGCCCCCCUCGGCGGGUAUGAUGAGGGCGUGGCAAACACUACAAGAGGACAGUUGGGUCACUACUCAAGGCCAUAUCAGACCACAGCCCCUGGAUACGUUCAACUCAAUGUUUGCUGAAAAAAGUAUAUUAGGAUCAAGAAAUCUUGGCGUUUUUGAGAAAAGUUCGAAUUCUGAGAACGUGCAGUCCAGCGUCAAAUUACUGUUGAAUGGAUUCAAAUUUGAUUAAAAACUAAUGUGAUACAUACGGGAGACUCGUCAAUGAAAAACAAAGAACUGAAGGGCGUAUUAAAAGUUCAUUAAUGUGGUGGGUCAUAUUGUGAGAAAAUUAAGGUUGUUUGGUAUAAUAAGUAACAUGAGUGUGGUAUACUAUUUGAUUUAUAUGAUGUAGCUAACUGGUAUGCACGAAUACAAAAGACGGCUCUGCUUCUAGGGUAGUAAGUCAUUUGUUUGGUAGCAAUGAGUGUAUUCUAUUGUACUGAGAGUAAAUUAUUUUGGGUAAAUGAUGCAUGAUUAGUAAUAAUGAAUGUACUGAAUAGAUUGAAAGUAAAUAUCAUUUGUAUGAUAUUUGAUGAAUUUCGUGUAAUAAUGAAUGUUUUUAAAGUAUUGGGCGUAAAUAAUUUAAUAUUUGUUGAAAACGGAGUAAUGAUGAUUGUAUGUUUUUAACAUUGAAAGUAAUUUGUUUUAUGAUAUGUGAUGAAAAUUAAGUAAUGAUGAAUGUGUUUUUUAAUAUUAAACGUAAAUUAUUUGAGUGUAAAUGUUGGAAGACUGUUAAUGAUUAAUGCUGAGAUUAACUUCUUGUAAAAUAUGUAAAGGGAAUUUGUUAUUAUUGAAAGAUUUUGAAAAAAUUGAUACAAAAACUGUAAAUCAAAUUAAUAUAAAAUAACGAACAUAUUUUAGCAUAUAAAUUGAACCAAUUUUUGCAAUUUUGUGAAUCUUAACAAUGAACGCUAAAUGCAAAUUUUAAAAUGAAAAAGAUGAAAUGGAAAACGUUAAUUUCAAAAUAAAUUAUCACUAUUUAUAUCAACGGAAUAACAGAACCGAAAACGUUUCCUAAAUCCAGACCUUAUUAAGUUAAGUCAGAAAUGACUGCCUACUUUUAUAAUUACGCCAUCUAAAAAUAUUAUGACAUUGCUUUACUGGUUACUCCAUAACUUUCUAAAUUUGCUGUGCAGCUAACCAUACUUAAAUAGUUCGCUUUUGAUUGUAGUGAUGAUAAUAUGAUGAAUGUUGACAUGUUGAUGUCAACAUGGAUUAAGUUGAUGUUAGGGUUGUGAUAUUUUUUUCUUAUUUGAUUGUGAUUUUGUAUUUUUAGUAAACAAAAAUGUAAUAAAUAUUAACUAAACAAUUUCCUUAUUCUUUGUUGUUAAAUCCGAGGAUGACCAAGAUUGGCCUGGUUUGCUUCCAGUCCUGUUAUUUUUCUGUUAAAUGUUAAAUAUACACCAAAUCCGUCUAACAAUCAAAAGAUACAUGUUUAUGUAACUUAUUAGUGUAAUAGCUCAUUGUCAAUAGCGUUGAUGAUCCCGCUUAUGUUUAAAGUAUUGCCUUGUUAGCUUAACGACUAGUAAACAACAAUGUUUUAUCCUAAAUAAUUUGUGGAAAAAUCAUUCAGUCUUAAACAUCAUAUUCAGAGUGCUUAAAAUAAUGUUUAAAGGGAAGAAAUACAAAGAAUGUUUUGUUUAAAGAUAUUUCACAGAAAUUAUACUAGAAAAAUGCAUGUGAAUGGCUGGUUAAGUUAACAAAACCUAACCGUUUUACUCGGACUGUGUUGUGAUGAAACCCUAUAUAAUAGGUUAAAGUUCGGGGCUAAAUAUAUCUCCUCUUAAUGUCGAUUGUAUGGGGAGUCGUUGUUGUUUAAUAUUGUACACAGCCAUAUUUUCACUGAUUUUAAACGUUAGCACGCCUUACGACGGAAACGAAUUACU